AAAUUAGGCGUGCAAUACACGUGAAAUGAAUAUUCACAUCUGAAGCAAAUAGUUUGGGAGCAAAUUUCAUCAUGGCGCCGAUUUCUCAGGAGAUGGGGGAGAAAGGUCAACGAACUUCCAUCGCCUUUGAUGUGUCAAAACGGGAAUUAUUCAGUCCUCAAAACGGCUUCAAGAACUUGCAUAAAAAACUUCGUAGUAGCUGGAAAAUUACAAGUCAGAAAGAUGAGAUCACUGAGGAAAAGCUGGCCAAUGUCAGAGUGUUUGUGUUGGCUGGACCUAGAGAAAAGUUCACUGCACCUGAGUUUGAGGCCAUCAAGGGAUUCCUUGAGAGCGGAGGUAGUGUGUUGGUAAUGAUGGGGGAAGGUGGAGAAACUAAGUUUGAUACCAACAUUAACUUCUUGUUAGAAGACUACAGCAUCAUGGUCAACAAUGACAGCGUUGUCAGGACAUCAUACUACAAAUAUUUCCACCCCAAAGAAGCCCUUAUAGCCAAUGGUGUCUUGAACAGAGCGAUAAGUGUAGCAGCUGGCAAGAUGGUUCACAGUGUGACUGAAGAUGAGGCUGCUAAUGAUACAAAGAAAGAGGUGUCUUCAACCAUUAUCACUCCACCUGCUGCUGAGUUGGGUGAAGAUAAAAAGUCCAAUUACAGGGAGGCUUUGACCUAUCUGUUUCCCUUUGGAGCUACGUUAAAUGUCGCCAAACCAGCCACAGCAAUCCUAUCAACCGGAACCGUAGCUUUUCCUCUCAACAGACCGAUAUGUGCUCUGCAUUCAUCAAAGUACUCUAAGGGUAAGCUGGCAGUCCUUGGAUCAGUGCACAUGUUCAGUGAUCAGUACCUUGAUAAGGAGGAGAACUCGAAGAUUAUGGAUGUCAUCUUCCAGUGGUUGACAACAGACACUGUGACACUGAAUGCUAUAGAUGCUGAAGAUCCUGAGGUUUCUGACUACAACAUGCUGCCAGACACAGCCAAGCUAGCGGAAAAUCUGAGAUGCUGCCUUCAAGAACACGACGAUACACCCAAAGACAUCAACUCACUGUUCCGUAGCAAACUGUACACGCUAGAUACCACUACAGUACCCAAAGUUAUCAGGUCAUAUGAGUUACUAGGAGUGAAACAUGAACAGCUUUCCCUCAUUCAGCCUCAGUUUGAGACACCACUGCCAUCACUUCAACCAGCCGUAUUCCCACCAGCUUUCAGGGAGUUACCUCCACCCUCCUUAGACCUGUUUGACCUGGAUGAAUCCUUCUCUUCAGAGAAAGUCCGCCUGGCACAGAUAACAAAUAAAUGUACUGAUGAUGAUCUUGAGUACUACGUCCGAGAGUGUGGAGAUAUCUUAGGAGUGAGCAACAAGUUACCAGCAGACAGCCGAGAUGCUAAGCACAUACUGGAGCACAUCUUUGCUCAAGUUGUAGAAUUCAAGAAACUCAACCAGGAGGAUGAGGGAGUUGAGGAUGAAGGCAUCUACUGAGGGAUGACUCAUGAAAUAGCAGUUGGGUAUUUCCAUCUGCCUUAAUUAAGAGGUGUGUGUAGUCUUGAGUUUGAAAUGUUCUCAUCAUUGCUCUCACUGGAUAACACUGUCGCUCUUUACAUAUGAAUGUGAAGUUUUCUAAAAUGUGUAGCAGGCAGUUGUCUAAAAAAGGAAAGUAUAAGCCGAACCCACUAAUUGAUUCUUAAUCCUCCAUCAUAUUGAUAAUGUUUUGAGUUUACAUAAGAAUAAACUGAGGUCAUAUUGUGUAUCAUUCAGUCUGGCAUUUUGAUGAAAAUGGACAUUAAAUUGGCAAAAAAUAUUGAGGAUUCCUAUUGAUCAUGUAAGAUUCUUUGAAAGGUUGUUAUUUCAGAAGUGUUCUGACAACCUGCUGCUUAUUUUGUUGAGCCACAAAGUGCUGUGGGUCUUUUUUCCAAAAGUUGUAAAAAUGUAUUAAGUUUUUGAAAGCAUCAGAUCCAUCAAAAAACCUCCAUUACAUUAAAACCAAUAUCACUUGUACAAGGAUAAUGGAUUUGGAAAAAAUCUGCAAGUGCCACAAGUCAGAUUUGUCAUUAUUUUAACUCCUUGUAUGUUUUGCUGUAAAUAUUGUAUUUAUCCCAAUUUUUUUACUGUUGGGAAAUCUGUGUAUAUACACAGUUUGAGUAGCUUUGGAUGUGGUCGUAAGUCUUUCGAUUGAUAACACAGAAACAGACAUGGUGACAUAAGAAUAUCAAAGGUCAUUGCCAGGGUCAAGGGUAAUGAUCCUGACUUGCACCAAUUAAUCUAGUUCUCUGAACACAUGCCUUUCUAAAAGAAACGAAUCGAGUGGUUUAAGGUCUACUGUAAAAGCAGAUGUGUGCAAAUGAAAAAUAGUUUAAACUACUAAGCUUUACUGAGAGGAAGAAAUAAUCAAAAACAGUGCUGAUUCUGCCUGUGUUCAAACCUAAUACUUUCCAAUCAGCAAUUUUUGUAAAUUAUGUACAAGUACAGUUGUGAACUCUGACCUAAAAAUUUAGGUUAAGCAAAUUCUUUAGGGGGAUGCUCUUGUGAUUAAAACAGGAAAUGCUCUAAGUCCUUGAUAAUAAACCCUAUUCACGGGCCGGCCAUAUUGAAUUUAAAACUGAGGUUAACCAUGCAUUGUUUAAUGAUGAAAGUAAAAUGAAAGCAACAAGGCAAACUUGCAUUUGUCUUCUCUGAUGAGUAAUUUCAAAUUUGUGAUUGAAAAAAACAGAAUUGUACCUUGCCAGACUGGAAGGGAGGCUUGGACCGCACAAAAGUUUCAAACAGUCUACUGAGUGCCUUCCUUAUUGACAGUUUGCGAUAUAUAACAGACUUAAGGAAUAAGAUCAAAUGGCUUUCACGUGAAUAGGGUGUAUGCUUACAGGUUUUGAUUGUUUAUCUCAAUUAAACAGCACGAUUUUGAAAGAAA